GAAAAAGCGCGGAGGAUUCCGCGAACUUUUUUUUUCGUAACCAUCGCUGUCGCUGCCUCUUCAAGGAGCUCUAGAUGCGGAUGCAUUGCUUCUGCUUCAGGCACUACAGCGGUCCGCCACUGGACUCAUAGCCAAGUAAACCCCCAAGGCAGAGUGGUUCGUUAGAUGAAGUGAGAGGCUUUGGUGGGGGCAGAAGGCAUAAACUCUUGAAUUAAUCAAGGAUACAUCAAGGGGUGCCACUGAGGCUACAGCUUUCUUUAUAUUGCGUUUCUCGCUUAAAGAUCCGACGCGAAACACCGUAUUCUGGCAACUAGUACUGAUUUGCUCUAGUACCCCACAAAGUGGAUAGUACGCCAACUGUAGACAGCGGCAGCGGCACAACUAAGCCACAACACCAUGUCUUAAAGAACCACAUACGAGGCAUAUACGGGGUGUUCUGCCAGUGUCUGGACUCUCGUCAUUGUCAGCCUAUGGAGGAUUCGUCGUAUAGAAAUGUCAAUGUAUCACGGGGAUACAACUACCAUUACUACGUAUCCUCUCCAAAGUCGGGAAAGCCUAGCGUUUUCUUUGUUCACGGAUUUGGUAUCGGUUCGAAGGAUUGGCGUCACCAGGUCCAAUAUUUCCGUCAGCGAGGAUAUGGAAUCAUCGUGCCCGACAUGCUUGGAUACGCUGGUAGCGCCAUACCCAACGGGAUCGACCCAAACGAACUCAAAUACACCUCACUCGUCCAAGAUAUCGUGGAUAUCUUGGGCUUUGAACAAGUAAAGAAGGCUAUCUUUGUCAGCCAAGGAGGAGGAUCUCCCAUAGCAAGCCGCAUUGCUCAAUUACACCCAGACAGAGUCCUAGCAUGCGCAUUCCUCUCCACUCCUUACCUUCCUCCCAACCCCAACUUUGAUUACACGAAAGAGCUUCAACGGGAAAAGGAGAAAUAUGGUCAAGAGCUCCUUGGUUUCAUGGAUUUCUACGCCAAUGAUGCGGCCGUAAUCAAGAUCGUUGCAAACCAUUUCGAUGCUUUCUUCAAUAUAACGUAUCCACAAGAUCCAAAAUCUUGGUCUGAGAAGUACGGACCAUCUGGAGAGCUUCGGAAAUAUCUUCUUUCCGGAGAGAUCUUGCCUUCACCAUCCUGGUUCCCUUCAGAUGAUGACAAGAACUUCCAAUUCGGCAAUUUACAUAACAACGGUCGAAAUGGACCUUUUACUUACUACAAAGCCAUCGUAUCGGGGAUUCAAGCUGAAGACGACAAUGCGGUACCCCAGAACCGAUAUGUCAUACGAAAACCCGUCUUUUUCGGUGCGGCCUUGGACGACUAUGUCUCACUGCCUUCAGAAGGGAAAGAAUUGACCAAGAAAUUUUGUAUGAACGCUACCGUUCGCGACUUCAAAGCGAACCACUGGAUGCACCUCCAGAUCCCUGAUGAGGUGAAUCAGGCGCUUUUGGAUUGGAUUCAAGGAUUGUAGGUGUUAUGUAUGUAUCUAUGCAUUUAUGUACGUAGCGCAGCCCCGCGGCGUAGAACCCUCCCCCUCGUGCCUGGCGUUCGUAUCCUAUGUAAUCCACAUCGUUAUUUCUCGGUCCGG